UGUUGACAACCACCAAAAAAAAAGGACCUUUGAUCGCAAAUUGUGUUCAGAUUUACGUUCUUGUACUGUUCGAUACAGGCAAGAAAAUAGUUGCCAAGAUGGCGUCAGGGUGACAGAAUGUUGAUCUUCUGCCAAAUUUCGAUGCACGCAAAGGCUUGCUUUUCCAUCUUAAUUCAGGAACGUACUUACUUAAAGACAGUGGAGAUUUUAUACGGCGUACUGUGAGUUUUCAGCAGUGUUGUUCUGAUGUUUGGUGUUUGAUAAUUGAACUUAACGUUACUAAUUAGGGCAUAUAAUUUUAUAUGUACUCUUGGAGUUACGAUCCCAACUACGUCACAAUCACCAUGGGAACCAAUCAGCAGGAAACGAAGAAACAAAAGGUCAAGCUUCCGUCCAAGUACGAGCCAGUGGUCUUCACGCCGUCAGACGAGGAGGACCGUGAGGCCAUGGAGCUGGCGUACGCGCUCAGUCUGCCGCGCAGCCGGGUCGAGUCGAAUGACAGCGUGGAUCUGCGCAACACCACGCACUCCCUCAAGCGGCAGCUACGAAUCAUGUGGUGCAAGAAGGCCCUGGUCGGCCUGGUGGUGGCGCUGUUGAUGGCGGCCGGUGUCACCGUCGCUCUGAUUUUAGUCCUAGGAAAAGAAUCGUCGCAUGCACGCGGUGUAAACUCGACAGUCUCCACGACGAAAAUAUACAGAGAGUGCACGUCGACAGAGUUCACGUGUUGGCCUGGCGAGUGCAUCCCCGAUAGAUGGCGCUGUGACGACCGAGUGGACUGCUCGAACGAGGCAGACGAGAGAAAUUGCGAUAACAUCACGGUCACUCCGCCCCGCUCCUGCCAAGCUUGGAAGGACGAAUUUCAGAUCAAAUGCCCGCCGUCCGGUUGCCCUUUCUACCCCAUCUGCACGCCGACGGGCCACUGGAACCCCGUGCAGUGUACCGUGGACAACGCCAGUUGCUGGUGUGUGGACUGGGCAACGGGCACUACCGUCCCCGGUAGUUUUGUCAAGGAUGCGGAAAAAGAUGGCCGGCCGUUCUGCGAGAUGAAACCCGCUUAGGAGAAAAUAACGGUAGAGUUACUGCAGUGUGCUGAAUGCUAUGGAGGCUGCCACGGAUAUGGGAAGCCGUUAAUCUUGAAUACCGCCCUCUUUUGUCUUGAUUGCAAAGCUUAGUUAGCUGACGUGUGGAAAAAAGAAUUUGAGCCAUUAAAAAUAGAGCCGUACCGUCCUAGUCUCUGUUGCAUGUUUUGCUCGAUGACUUGAAGCUGAAAUCCAAUCACUUCCGAUCGAGAGGGCACACACUAGAUCAGUGGCACAGCACAGGAUGUAGUGCCAUGAAUCAUGCAUACCGCCCUCUGUUGUCCGGAUUGCGUAGCGAAUUUGAUGUUUGUAUAUGAAAAGAUGAAAGCAGAGAACAAUGUGAUGGUCCUGAAGAAAUCUGCAUCUUCAAAUUAGGUUUGUCUGUAGAAGGAUAAUCGAAGCAGCGAUGAAUGAAAAGCCGUUAAUCCUGUGUACUGCCCUCUUUUGUCUCGAUGGUUUGGGGUGAAACCGCUUACAAUUUGUUGCAGUGGUGUUUUAAAAGAAGUACAAUGUACAUGUAUCAAGACCAGAGCCGACAAGCAAGAAGAAUGUGAUGCUGUUAAUUUUUUAUACCGCCCUCUGUAGUCUACACACAGACGGGUACAAAGUUUGGUACGUAAAACGUGACAUGAAACAUUCUUAUGAAAUGUUGUGUGUUGUAGAUUAGCGAAGUGUGCUUGUCAAAAUUAGAUAAAUGUUUUUGCUAAAACGGUACAUAAUUUGCAAUGCUUGCUGGAAAGCACAAAAGCUUAAGCUGUACAGCAUUAUUUAAGGCAUUACUGAGGCCAUUUUGAAGUUAAUUUUAGGUUCUUUUUUUUUUUAGGUAACAUUAAUGUAUCUACUCUAUCAAAU